AUGAGUAACAGCCACCCUUUGCGUCCCCUGGCCUCCGUGUCGGAGAUCGACCACAUCCACCUGCUGUCGGAGCAGCUGGGAGCCCUUGUGCUUGGAGAAGAGUACAGCGAUGUCACCUUCAUCGUUGAGGGGAAGCGCUUCCCUGCGCACAGGGUCAUCCUGGCGGCUCGCUGUCACUACUUCAGGUACAUGUCUGAACGUGGUCUUCCUGUUAUUUGUUUAACUUUUGUCAGACUUAAGACUUCUGCUGUAAGCUUUAAACUUUAAACACAUCCUCUCAGGACAACUUAAGAGCCACACAAACUUAACUGUAAGAAUAACAAGGGUGAGGAGUCACUUUAGAGCUCAAUGCCAGCUUUUUAUUGACACCCUAUUCAAACACAAAGUUAAGUUUCAUCCACACUAUUGACAAAAUCUUCAAUGUGAUUGUUUCUCUGUAGUGUUUCAGGGCUGCUGUUAGGUAGCAGACACAGCCUAAAGCUAAACAGGAGUUUCUAUCGUGGUGGUCUGGUUCAGGAUAUCCUCCAGCUGCUGAUAAAAACCCUCUUUUUGCUCCUCAGGGCUCUACUGUACGGUGGGAUGAAAGAAUCCCAGCCACAGGCAGAGGUGUGCCUCGAGGAGACACGAGCCGAAGCCUUCUCCAUGCUGCUACACUACCUGUACACGGGCCGGGCCAGCCUCAGCUCUGCCCGGGAAGAGGUGCUGCUGGACUUCCUGGGUCUGGCUCACCGUUACGGCCUCCAGCCACUGGAAGACUCCACUUCUGAGUUUCUGCGUACUAUCCUGCACACCAACAACGUCUGCUUGGUUUUUGACGUGGCCAGUUUGUACUCUCUGAGCACGCUCAGUGCGGCCUGCUGUGCUUACAUGGAUAGACACGCACCAGAAGUGUUGAACUCUGACGGCUUCCUCAUGCUCUCCAAGGUAGGACGGCGCAGAGGAAGCUUCAAUUUCCUCUUAUCUAACCUUGGCCUGUUGAAGCGGUCUCUAAAACAAUGUCAGCUUUUAAGUCUCAAACCUGACACAAAUAUGACAAAGUUUAUUUCUACCUUUCUACACUGUACCUUUAAAUUAAAGCAGGUCCUUCAAUUUCAGGUUGAUGAGGAGGUGUUUUUUAGAUUCUCUGUAAGGCGGUUUUUACUGUGAAUUUUAGUGUUUGAGCUGGAAAGAGCAAGUCUGUUUAACAUUCAGCUGUUUUCCUAACAAAGGCUGACAGUGUUUGUGAGCUGGCUAAUCCAGCUCAAUGAUCUUCCAUUGACAGCUCAGCCCCUCUUCCUUUAAAAGCUAAGCCUAAUUACUGAUAUAUGUAUAUUUGUUAUUUAAUGCUAAAGCUGCUUUUCUUUUACUGCUGAUCUGAACCUCGACGCUCACAUCAUGACAGCUUCUUAAAACGAACUUUGGUCGAUCACUUCAACUGUUACUUUAUAAAAAAGUUUCACUCAUUUAAAAGUGAAACCCUCUCAGGUUAGAGAAAACACUUCUUUACACUUGAGGUGGGAGAUGUAAGUUUUGGUGCAAAAGAUUUAAUGACUUAAAACUGUGACUACAGACGGCGCUGUUGACCGUGGUCAGGCGGGACUCGUUUGCUGCCACUGAGAAGGAGAUCUUUCAGGCUUUGAGUCGUUGGUGUCGGCAGCACGUAGACGGGACUGACACGAAGGAGGUGAUGGGGGCGGUGCGGCUGCCGCUCAUGACUCUGACAGAGAUGCUGAACGUGGUGCGACCAUCCGGCCUGCUGAGCCCGGACGACCUGCUGGACGCCAUCAAGACCCGGUCCGAGAGCCGCAACAUGGACCUGAACUACAGGGGCAUGCUCAGUCAGUGCAUUGUAUUUCUUCUUCUUGCUUUUAUUCCUGUCAUGAAGUCUGUUCCUAUACAUAAAGUUCUUCUUCUUGGGUUUCAGUCCCAGAGGAGAACAUCGCCACAAUGAAGUACGGUGCUCAGGUGGUGAAAGGAGAGCUGAAGUCGGCACUGCUGGACGGAGACACCCAGAAUUACGACCUGGACCACGGCUUCUCCAGACAUCCCAUUGAAGAGGACGGUCGAGCUGGGAUCCAAGUCAAACUGGGCCAGUCGUCCAUUAUCAACCACAUCCGCCUGCUGCUGUGGGACAGAGACAGUCGGUAAGAAAAAGAAGAAGAAGAAGAGGAAAAACUUCAUCCUGAUCAGUUUUGGCUGCAGUGUUGCUAAGCUUCAUUUGCUGUAUACUUUGCUGAGAGUAGGCAUGUGCCGAUAUGAAAAUUUGAUAUCACGAUAUUGGUGGCCCAAAAUAUCAUGAUUCACGAUAUUAUCACGAUACAAGCGCAUUGCUUUAAACGUUAUUAAAAACGGCUAAAAAGUGGAAAUCACUUCUCUGUGCACAGCAUGACGAGCACAAACAAUAUGAGCAAGAAGCAGCUAACGUGGCGUUGGAACCAUUAGCUUUUUGGAGCUAAAGUUAGCAGAAACGUCUCUAACAUUGUCAAUAAUAAGCUGUAGAGUAGACCAAACUUGUUGUGGUCAUGUUGUUUUUACCUUGAUUUGGGCGAGUGAUGCUGGAUGGUGUUCACGGAGGUGGGCACGUAGGUUUGAAGUGUUAGACAACGGUGCUGCAACUUCCUUAUAGCAUAACCUGCAGAUUGGUGUCAGGUUUACCUGCUCCGUCUGUUUUGUGAAGCCGUAAAACGUCCAUACUGUCAACGAAACCUUUUUAAAAGGAGGAUACAGCCGAGGCGUUUCGUCAUCCUCAGUCUCCACUGUUCUUGGUCCGGUGUUAUGCCAUAGAAUGCACCCCUGCCGUUGAAUGCACCCCUGACGGAAGCGCGGUUGAAAGUAUAUAACAAGGCGAAAUAAUCCAAGUUUUCCUUACUGUUGAGUGGAUUCAAAAGUGUGUGCCUUAAAUGAUUUCAUUCAGACUAUACUCGUGUUUCUAAAAUAUCAGCUCAUAUCUCCUCCACUUUAAGAAGCUAAUGAGUGGAUGGGAUGCAUUGUGGACACACUCCAACAGUGCUUUAAGUGGCUGCAAUACAUUGUGGGUGGCCACGCAUUUUGUUGUAAAAUUUCUUCAUUUUCUCUUUUGAUGUUUCCGUUUUUGUUUGGCUGGCAUUAAUGUACUUAAUUCAAGAGUCUUUUUGGAUUUGGGACUACUUUUGUGGUGGUUUGUUUGUACAUUUUGCUACCGAGGCUUUGACACCGUGGGUAAGACUACAAGCGGGUUAGGUUGAUAAGUACUCGGCUUCGCUCACCUCCGCUAAGUGAUGCUGCAUUAUAAUUGUGGAGCGAUUUUAACAGUACCUUACGAUUUCAUAAUCGUGGCCGUUUAAUAUCGCAUAUCGCGAUUAAAUCGUGUAUCGGCACAUCCCUAGCUGAGAGUAUUUUUUUUAAUAGUUGUUGCAUUUUUCCUAUAAAGGUUUUGUUUCUGCACAUAUUGAACAAUAACAGCACUGAUAUAAACUUCUCAUCUCAGGUCCUACUCCUACUACAUCGAGGUGUCUAUGGACGAGCUGGACUGGGUGCGUGUCGUGGACCAUUCGAAGUAUCUCUGCCGCUCCUGGCAGAAUCUGUACUUCACACCACGAGUCUGCAGGUAAAGCCAGCCUCACCUUCACGUCCUGUGCUCACUUGUAGUUGCACCUCUUCGGUGUUGCCGCAGAUUGUGUCGGCACUAAAGAGACUUAACAAAUCUGACAAAGAGAACUCAUCUCUGCUCUGUGCUGGGACUUGCCUUGACCAGGUGUACACAACAAUUACAGCAAUCUGAAGCUCUUGAUCUUCGCUUGAUGUGGGUUAUAAUCUCAGUGUUUACCAACUUCACUGAUGUUUGCUUGGCAGAGGACAGACAAUAACACUACACCUCUGAAAAGCUGUGUUGACAGAUAAUUUCCACCAAUUUGACCUUUAUUUGGUGUACUUACACCCUCACUUACUUGUAGUUUUGAAGAAGUGUUGAUUUAACUCUAUGGUUGCUAUAAGGAUUGUAAUAAUGGUGCGUUUCCAUAAAGGAGUCUGGUUCGGUGAAGUACUUAAAUAACAGACCUGGACCGUCCUAUGAAUUUGGCGCCCUCCUGUUGGGGUACCAAGCAUAUUGAAUCAUAUCUCUCCUAACCUGACUUUAUUAAAUCUGUGCAUUAAGACUCUGUCUUGUGCUGGUUUUUAUUCUUUUAAGGAAAUGCUUUCAUAGUUUACCUGCAGCCAAAGGAAGUUACUUAUUUUACCAGAUACCUGCCCUGGCUUGAACUUCAAAAUAAAAGCGUUACAUGAAAACAAGGAGGGGGGGUUCUCUCUGCAGAAACGAAGAUCAGGCUUUAAGGAACUACAAUCAUAUUUUUCCCGCAUGUGACAUACUACCUUCGUACCUCUGUAGCUCGUCAAACAGGCUGUAAAUCCAGCAGGUCCAAAGACUGUGACCUCCGUGUCCGUCUUCUCCCGGUUGUUUAAACUUUGGAUUGCCUCUGUUUGGUUUUUCAUGUCCAUGGUGUCUCUCGUGGUGUCACAGGUACGUUCGCAUCGUGGGAACACACAACACAGUGAACAAAGUCUUCCACCUCGUGGCGUUUGAGUGCAUGUUCACCAACCGUCCAUUCACGCUGGAAAAUGGACUUCUGGGUGAGUUACAGGAACCGAAUUGUGAAAUCGCUCUUUCCUUUUUAUUGUUGAAAGUUUUAAAAAACAGAUCAUUUACUCACAAAACAGCAUUUUUGACCUCAUCUUUAACCCUUUAUCUGCAGUCCCUAAUGAGAAUGUGGCAACCAUCGCGGCCUGUGCCAGCGUCAUCGAGGGCGUGAGCCGCAGCAGAAAUGCCUUGCUCAACGGCGACACACGCAACUACGACUGGGACUCAGGCUACACCUGCCAUCAGCUGGGCUCCGGAGCCAUCGUCAUCCAGCUCGCUCAGCCGUACUCCAUCAGCUCUUUGAGGUAAAUCUGAAUCCUGUCAAGUGCAGCUGUAAUUAUUUUGACUGUUUGAGUUAAUAACCCACUAAUUAUUCAGUUAUGGAGCUGAUACUGCAGAUUUAACUCCUAUUUUUUAAUAAGGUAAGAGGUAAGAUUUUAAAACCUGAUUCACAACAAAGUUUGGAUUUUUGUCAGAGGCUGAUGAAAUUAUUCUUUCAUUUUAGAUUUAAAAUCACGUCAUUCUGUGAUAAAUUCCAGUCUGAUGGUGCAGAAAACCCAAAAGCUAUUUUGGGGGCAAAAAGGACAAGGCUGAUAAACCAACACUGCAUUGAAAAUAGACUUGCCUCUGUAGUGGAAAUCUAUUUAUACAUGUCUGAAUGCCAUUUGCACCUGUAAUAUACCUACCUCUUGCUAAAUCUCUACGCAUCUUGCUAAAUGCCUUAUUUACUGAAUUUGAACCCAUCAUGCUGAUCCCCAGUACUCAGAUUUCAGAGUAUUUCCACAAUCAUGGUUUUAACCCCCCAGAAUUUUGAGCACAGCAUGGACUCAAUCAUCUCCAUAAACUAUUUUCUGUGAAUACCGUUUGUCACCACAUCCACAAAUGCAGGUUAAAUCUGUGCCACGGCAAGAUGACUCAAAGCAGUGUUCAUGACUCCCCCCACAAAAUUAUGAAGCAAACUUGACACAGAUUAAAGAAAUCAUGGAAGCCACAUCCUCCACUCUAAAGAGGAAAAGGACCACAAGCUUGUUCUCAGUUUCCAGUCCAAAUCCAUCGUACCUGAUGGUUCGGGGAUCAUCAGAGUCCAUGUCAUGGCUAGCUUCCACAUCUGUGAAGGCUCCAUUCAUGCUGAACAACAUCUACAGGUUUAGGAGCAACAUCUGCUGCCAUCUCGACAAUGACAUUUCAGGGAAGACCUUCAUAUUUCAGUAAGACAACGACAAACCACAUUCUGCAGGGAUUACAACAGCAUGGCUCUGUAGUAGAAGAGUCCUGCUGAUAAACCGACCUACCCGUAGUCCUGACUUGUGACCUACAUUAAAAGUGUUAAGCAGUUAAAGCGAUCAUCUAGAUGUUUUCAAAAUAACCUCCAGAGAAAACGUGACGAGACUCUUUGGCAAACACGUCGCUGGUUUAAUGACAACGCAUCAAGUAUUUGCAAACCAUCAAACUCUGUUUUUAUUAAAUUUUACUCAGUGUCCCAACUUUUACAAGUUUUAGGUCUUUACAAAGAAGAUAUUUAAUUGUGUUUCAUGAAAGAAGCUUGUGUGCAGAGAUUAAAAACCUGAUUUUGAGAUGUCUCUGUGAAAAAAAAAGAAACAGGAACAUAGAGUUUAUUAUCAUCUGUUUCAUUUCCUUCACCUGUUCAGGCUGCUACUGUGGGACUGUGACGAACGCUCCUACAGUUACUACAUUGAAGUCUCCUCCAACCAGCAGCAGUGGACGAAGGUGGUGGACCGCACCAGGGUGGCAUGUCGGUAAGAAGCCGAAAUGAAAAUAUCAGAAACCCCUUUGAAUGCGCUGCAAAACACUUCUGAAACAGGAAUCAUCUUUUUCCAACAGAUCAUGGCAGACGUUGAAGUUUGAUAAGCAGCCUGCUUCCUUCAUUCGAAUCGUUGGGACUCACAACACAGCUAAUGAGGUGAAAACAAGCUUCAUCUUGUAUCUUCAUACAGAUUUGAAGUUUUCUGUCUGUGUCACAAACUAUCUCAAUAAAAAGAGAAAAAAGAAAAGACUUGGGAGAAGUCGGGCUAACUGAUACCUCUCAGAGGGUGGAGGCCUUGUUCCUAUUUAUAUCAGUUAGAGCUCUUGCAUCCUCUCACACUCAAAGACACUUAAAAGGUGACGUUAAUUAAGCCAGUGAGAGUUCAGGAGGGGCAUUUGGAUUAGGUCUUAGCGUUAACGCUCCCUCUCUCUGCUCCGUCCUCAGGUGUUCCACUGUGUUCACUUCGAGUGUCCCGCCCAGCUCGACACGGAGGUGAGCGAAGGCAGCCCGGGCCUGGACUCCUCAGACUCAGGGUCCACCACCCAGCAGCCACGACCCCAGCGACCAUCCCGCACACACAGCCUGCUGCCCUCCUCCCAGCCCUCGUCCUCCUCAUCCUCUUCCUCACAGUCCCAUCACUGA